GUAACGGAAUAAGCUUCAAAAAUUAUUCCGUGUUAUUUAGAAUUUUUGGAUCAGUAAAUAAAACACAAAAUAAUUACAAACAAAACUGAUUUGUUUGGAUUAAGUACUCCAGCCGCAUUUGCAUUCGUGUUCAAAUUGUUGCGCCAAUUGUUUUCGUGGUGCCAGAUUGUUGCAAAGCCCUGCAGCAAUGUACAUUAACAGCCUAUCAAAUUUGCGUUAACAGACACAAAUUGGCUCUAACAGUGGUCUGUUAUUUAACAUCCCAACAGAUAAGCAGCUGAUUGCCCAUGUGGAAGGGAUUUAUCAGACGUCAAAGCUAUCAAAAUAAGGUAGCUAUAAAUCGUGAGGGCGCUCGCCUGGUUAUUCGCCGUUUGCAACGAACUGUGCUACGUAUUUUGCGAGAUCCUGACACCGCAAUGUCAAAAUCGUUUCAACAAAAGCCAGCCGAACCGGAACCCUCGGUAGAUGCCACACAAUUCAACACGCAUAGCAGAACCAACAAACAAGAUAGCAAUUGCCGCACCUGCAACGAUUUCAAAUCGUGGUCCAAAACACAGCGUCUUUUAUCUAACACACAGGCAUCAAAGGAAAAACAUAUGGGCGCCACCGAGAAGCUUACUGUGAAUGCAGCCGGUGUUGCAGCACCACGUGAGGACUGUCCACUUGACAAAGUACGCUUGGGCAUAUCCACCUGGGGUCUGCUGCACACCAUGGCUGCAUUUUAUUCCGACAAUCCGACCGACAAUGAGAAACGCGACAUGCGAACCUUUUUUGAGGUGCUUUCCCGCCUCUAUCCAUGCGAGUAUUGCGCCAAAGAUUUUCGCACAGACAUGGAGGUUAAUCCGGUGAAUGUAAACUCUCAAAAGGACUUGGCGUUGUGGCUAUGCAAAUUUCAUAAUCGAGUGAAUGAUAAGCUUGGCAAGCCGCUGUUCGACUGCAGCAAAGUGAAUGAAAGAUGGCGAGAUGGUUGGCUGGAUGGGUCCUGUGAUUAGGCUUAUAUGAUUUAGAGAUAUUACACAAUGCAACUCUGGCACAAGCAUCAACACAAUCCAAUCCAAAGUCUCGCUGGGCAAGGUUUCCAUUAUAUUAUUUGGCCAGCGAAAAGUCAUCCCUAGUCUAAGCUACAAAUCAUACAUAAACCAGUUGCUGAGCUCGUCCAGUUUGCAUUGCUUGGACAUUUGAGCAUCAGCGGCUUCAUUCUGAUGAGCUGGCUAUUCCUCACUCACUCACUCUCUAUCUCUCCCCAUUCUCACUACAUGUUUUAGUUUUAGCUUUGUUAUCUCCAAAGUUAGUGCAACAAAUUGGCCCGAUUUAGGUCCUUGUAACUGUACGAGUUGUAUUGUGGAACAAAAUUUCGUAUUUUCUGUAUACUUAUGUAUUAUAAUACAAUUAUUAAAUGCCUUUUCAUUUA